AAUGUUUGGGAGUCCGCUGGAAGAACACAGAUCAUGGUUUAUAAUUAACACAAUUAAAAAUAGCAAUUGAAUAAACUGAAUGCAGCAGGACAAGGGGAGCUGUUGUGUAACCAGCAGCCUGGGAAGAAACGCCAGAAGAGUUGUCAUCAUCUAAAACAGUCAAGUGCAGUCAGCGGACCUGAAUCCCCCCCAAAAGAAUGUCUUGGAAUUCACUAAACGGGGAUGACUUGCGGCGCCCCAAUAUACGAAGAGCUUCAAGCCUCAAUCCCAGUAGCCAGGGGAGCUAUGAAACACCAGAAAUGGGGGAACUCCAACGCAUGUUGUGGUCGCCCAUUCCCUGCCGCGGCAACGUCAAUGAAGUCUGGCCUAACCUCUACAUUGGAGAUUUAUAUAUAGCCCGUGACAUAGAACAGCUUCGCCGAAUGGGUAUCACCCACAUAGUAAAUGCCGCUGCUGGAAGGUUCCAUAUUGACACGGGGGCCAAAUUCUACAAAGACCUGUCCGUGGAUUACUAUGGAGUUGAAGCAGACGAUGAUCCAAAGUUUGAUCUCAGCAUUUACUUCCACCCGGCUGCUAAGUAUAUAAGAGCAGCGCUGAAUUCUCCCAGAGGCAAAGUAUUAGUUCACUGUGCCAUGGGCAUAAGCCGCUCUGCCACCCUUGUGCUUGCCUUUCUGAUGAUCUGCGAAAACAAGACCCUCGUGGAUGCCCUAAAGUCUGUGCGAGAACACAGAGGAGUCUGCCCAAACUCUGGUUUCCUCAGCCAGCUCCGAGAUCUUGACAUCCGGUUAACCAGCGAACGGGGAAGGUCAAGAGGUGAUGCCUUGAAACUUUAGCUGAAGGGUGCCCUGUGCUGUGGUUCAAGACGAAGCGGAAAGUCAGAGAGACAAAAGGAGGCAAACUUCAGAAAUACCUGAACUCUGAGUCUGUGUUAGAAGAGGUGUCUGGGUAGUGAAAUGAAAAUAGUUAAGUAUUUCUUUGAUGUUAGAAAUGAAGUCGAGAUUAAAGGCACGCCAGACGUUUGG